CGGAGAACAGCUCCUGAUUCUGCACCCGAGUCGGACAGCUUCAAAGCUAGGAAAUUCACUUUAGCUGAGUUAGUUGAUGCAACAGAGAAUUUCAAGGCAGAGUAUUUUCUUGGCGAGGGAGGAUUUGGUAAAGUUUAUAAAGGUCGUUUGCAGGGUACCGGUGAGGUUGUUGCUAUCAAGCAACUAGAUCGCAACGGGGGUCAAGGGAUUAGAGAAUUCGUGGUUGAGGUCCUAACUUUAAGUAAUGCAGAACACCCUAAUCUUGUUAAACUAAUUGGUUACUGUGCAGAGGGAGACCAGAGGCUGUUAGUCUAUGAGUACAUGCCAUUAGGUUCUUUGGAGGAUCAUUUACAUGUCCGUCGAGCUAGUAGAAAGGUCCUGGAUUGGAACACUAGAAUGAAGAUAGUGGCUGGGGGGGGGGAAGGGGUUGCUGGUGCGGCUAAAGGCUUAGAGUAUUUGCAUAACAAGAUGAAACCUCCCGUUAUAUACCGUGAUUUGAAGUGUUCCAACAUCUUGCUUGGGGAGGGAUAUCACGCCAAGCUAUCUGAUUUUGGUUUAGCCAAAGUGGGUCCUAGUGGAGAUCAAACCCAUGUUUCCACAAGAGUGAUGGGCACAUAUGGGUACUGUGCGCCUGAUUAUGCUUUGACUGGCCAACUUACAUUCAAAUCAGAUAUCUAUAGCUUCGGUGUCGUACUUUUGGAGAUUGUCACGGGCAGGAGAGCCAUUGACAACAGAAGAACUGGUCCGGAGCAAAGUAUUGUUGAAUGGGCGAAGCCGUUGUUCAAGGAUCGUAAGAAAUUCUUCCAAAUGGCCGACCCAGCAUUAGAAGGUCAAUAUCCCGUUAGAGGCUUGUACCAAGCUCUAGCGAUUGCUGCAAUGUGCAUCCAGGAGCAGCCAAACAUGCGGCCGCAGAUUGCAGAUAUCGUUAAUGCUUUGAACUAUCUUGUUUCACAGAAAUACGACCCCAAGAUCCAUCCAAUCCAGAGCCCAGGAAGCGUCCAUUCUUCGCGCAGCCUUAAAAGGGAUAGUGAAGAGAAAUUUGAUCUGGGCUUUGGGAAUGAGGAGAAAUUAGAGGACUUAGUUUGAGGAUUGUUCAUUCUGCUGUUUGCUGUCAUGCAAUGUACCUCCGAUCAGCACUGUAAAUCCAUCCCUUCAUUACCUUUUGUAGAUUUACCUUCACAUGCUAUGUUUGAGAAUGAUGAAGAAGAGAGUUCCCUUGCACACAGACACAUAGUUGUACAGUAAUACAUCGGAUCGUUGUGUUCUUGGAUUUUUGCCAUAUUUCCUGAGCAACUUAAGCUGGUAAUUACGUUUUCUGGAGUCGCAUUUUAUGUUUGGA